AUGAUCUCGCCUGCGAUAGUCUAUGAAUAUUGUCGAGUUUGUGGUCAGUUGGCACACGGCAAACACUUUGGAGCGAUGACUUGCCGAGCGUGCGCCGCGUUUUUCAGGUAUUCGCAAUUUGCAAUAGAACAUUUCGAGCGCCGCGUGACGAUUUUUUUCAGACGAGCCGGCGUGUCGAACACUAUCAAACCGUGCAAAAAAGACGACAAUUGUGUUUUUCUCAAAAACGGAUGGUUCAAUUGUAAAAAGUGUCGAUUGCAAAAGUGUUGGAGCGUCGGAAUGAGCGCCGAAAGUAAGUGUUUGGUGUUCUGGAUUGUUGGACCACUUUCAAUGAUCCGAUUGGGACCAAACUUUGCCGGCUUCUUGGGCAUGGCAUGAAGUGUUUUGGGUCCAAGUUUUAGACCGAUCCGAUCAUCCGGUCCCGAGAUAUUUGGACCCCAUUGGCCGUCAAGCACUAGAUCUCAAUAUUUCCAGAUUUUCAAUUCGAUCGUGACACAUUUUCGCCCAAGUCAAAAUUCAAAAGUGCGGGAACGUUGGUGGCUCGAAAUAAUCAUCAGAUUCCGGAGUCGAUGGGCACUUUUUUGGGUCGUUCCAACCUGAUCCUCUUCUGCGCCCCACAAAACAUGGACUUGUGCUCUAAAAACUACAUCGACGUGCAGUUUCUAGUGGAAAAGGUGGCGAAAGUGUUGGAACGGGUCGGUGGACGAACUUUUCGCGAUUCGUCGCCUAACAAAUGCAUUUCUAGGGCGCUGAAUAUCCGAUUUAUGCGCGAAAUUCACUGCAAAAACUCGCGCUCGGCCUACAAUUGAUUCGAGGAGGAAGUGAUAAGCGGAGGAGUACAAAAAUUGUGACAAAGAUCGGAAAAGACGAAACGUUUGCACUUUGGCAAGAAGAUAUGCUCAAAGUUGCGAGAUGGCUCACUUAUUUCGACGAGUUCAGACGAUUACCGCCGGGUUUGCAGGUCAGUCGACGAAAAACGGAUAUUGUAGGGUUCGGCGACGUGCUAUAGACUAGAAAAUUUGUUUAUUGAAAAAUUGACAUCUAGUACUGUCGUUUUGUAGUUGACCAUUUUGAUGUACGGUCAUUUCCUGGAGUACUGUAGCUCUUUGAAGUCGCUAUUGUUGACUUCAACUUCAAAAACCUACAGUAGCCUUAGGAGUCGUUUUUCAGAAAAAUGAUCAAUUACAAACUUGAAGCACUUAAAAUGAACAUUAUUUUUGUCGUUGACGCUUUUUCUGCACAACAACUCCUAACGCUACUGUAGCGCUUUGAAGUUCCCAGUGCUCGACUAUGUACAAAAAGCAAGCAAGUGUUAAAAGGUCAACCAUUUGACACGUAUUUCAGAUGGAAAUGGUGAAGAACAUCUGGAAGAUCUGGAGCCGUCUCGAAAACCUGGCCACUACCGUAAUCGGACGUCGUCAGCAGAUUUGCAACAAAGAAAUGAUAAUGGUGAAUUUGGAGGACGAGCAACUGUUGUGCAAUAUCAAAAAAGUGGAAAUCGAUUUGUCCUGGUGCUCAAAGUAUUCGGUGGAGCAGUUGAAAUUGUGAGCAUACAUGCAACUUUUUUUUUAAAUCAAAAAGCACGCUUCAGUUUUGUCGACAACGACAACGAAGAGCGUCUCGACGAGUUGAUCCAACUGAUGACCGACCUGAAUCCGUCGGAAAUCGAACUCUCGUUCAUGCUCUCUCAAUUGUGCUUCCAUUACGUCGGCAAAAGAUAUCAGGGCCAAAUACUGGAGGUGGCCGAUCGAUUCCAAGACCUAAUUGCCAAUGAUUUACACGAAUAUUAUGUGAACGAGUUGAGAAUGACACAAUAUUCGGGUCGGCUGGCACACAUUAUGAAGAUCAACAAUCGUAUUCAGGUAGCGUGGGCCUACGAAAAAGUUUAAGAAUCAAUCGUUUGUACGUGUUCACUUACAGCAAGACAUUUAUCGAGGACGUGCCAGGGCGGAUCUGGCCAGGGUGUUCGACGUUUUUUGCGUCGAAUUCUCGCAUCCGGAAAUGUUUGUCGACAUUUGA